GAAUUAAAAACCCUAAAGGGUUCCGGCAAGAACAAAUCGCUCUACAGAUCCAUCUCUGCCGUCAGCCCCCGAAUCCAACGGUCCAAAUCUCACAACGGCUUGUGCUUAUCAGCCGACUAUCAGCACAUUGUUUUCUUUUUCUCGCCUUCGUUUAUCCUACUGUUUAUUUGUUGCAGCAGCAGCUGCUGUUGUAGUAGUUUUUGGUGAUUUUUUAUCUGUAUUUCUUACUUCCAAGUUGCGAUGUUUAAGAGCAAAAAUGGCGAAAAUCAUCGCCGAUCGUCGAUAUAGACGUACGAAUCACAAAAGAAUUUUCUUUUCUAUCCCAUAUGCAGUUAUCUGAGUGAAUUUGUAUACAGUAAUGAAAUAUUUAUCAUUUUGUACCUUCUUUGUGUUUAUAUCGUCGAUUUAUCGGGUCAUCAACUUUAGAUUGUAGGUUUUGGAUCGAGAAAUGAGCUUGCUAGCAGCUUUAAUGGCUAAAAAUCGGAUUUUUUCAAUUUAAAGUGGGCAUUUCAAUUGUGGAAACGUUAUUUUUAGUGACUAACAGUUCAAGCCGAGGUUGUUUUCCCCCUGUUUAGGGUUCUUGAUUGGCCUUUUUUUUUGCUCGUGACAUGCUUACUGGGUUUCGAUGAAGAUGUUGUCGGAUAUGGGAAUGCGGCCUAUAGUCGGGAGCAACGAUGGAUCGUAUGGAGAGGAUUUAGGGAAGGAGCUAGGGAUGUUACUUCUGGAGCAGCGGCGCCAGGAUGCAAACGAUCGGGAGAGGGAGCUUAACCUCUACAGGAGUGGUUCUGCUCCCCCAACCGUUGAAGGUUCCUUAACUGCGGUUGGAGGUCUGUUUGGCAAUGGAAGCAACGCCUCUCUUUCGGACUUCGCCGGGGGUAAGAGCGGCAAUGGACUUCUGUCAGAGGAGGAGCUCCGCUCUGAUCCAGCCUACCUUUCUUACUAUUACUCUAACGUCAAUCUCAACCCUCGGCUUCCACCGCCGUUACUCUCCAAGGAAGACUGGAGGUUUGCACAGCGGUUUCAGAGUGGGAGUUCAGCGCUAGGAGGGAUUGGAGAUAGAAGAAAGGUCAAUCGUGCUAAUGAUGAGGGCAGCCGAUCGCUGUUUUCUCUGCAGCCGGGGUUUAACUCGCAGAAGGAAGAGAACGAGUUCGAGUCGAGGAAACCGCAGGCUUCAGCAGAGUGGGGUGGGGAUGGACUGAUCGGAUUGUCAGGAUUAGGACUAGGGAGCAGGCAGAAGAGCCUUGCAGAUAUUUUUCAGGAUGAUUUGGGUCGUGCAACACCUGUCUCUGGUCUCCCUUCUCGUCCAGCUAGUCGCAAUGCCUUUGACGAUGGAGUAGAGAGUUUAGGGUCUGCUGAAGCCCAGCUAGCUCAUUUGCAUCAUGAAUUGGCAUCUGUUGAUGCUUUACGGUCUGGUCCAAAUGUACAAGGCAUUACUGGGGCUCAAAAUGUUGGUGCAUCAGUUUCUCACACUUUUGCAUCUGCAUUAGGUGCCUCCUUGUCGCGUAGCACAACUCCUGAUCCUCAACUUGUUGCUAGGGCUCCUAGUCCUUGCCUUCCACCUGUUGGGGGAGGGAGAGUUGGUGCAACAGAUAAGAGAAAUGUUAAUGGCUCAAACACAUACAAUAGUGUUGUCUCGUCUAGUAUGAGUGAGUCUGCUGAUCUGGUAGCUGCUUUAUCUGGCAUGAGCCUGUCAACAAAUGGCAGAGUGAAUGAAGAAAAAAAUAUGAGGUCACAGAUUCAACAGGAAAUUGAUGAUCACCAGAAUUUCCUCUUUAAUCUGCAAGGUGGACAGAACCAUAUUAAGCAACAUCCUUACAUAAAGAGAUCUGAUUCUGGGCACUUACAUAUGCCUUCUGGUGCUCAGUCAGCAAAAGGAACAUACUCCAAUUUGGGUAAAAGCAACGGAACUGGGAUGGAAUUGAACACCUCUUCCUUGAUAGAUGGGCAAGUUGAACUGCAAAAACCUGCUGUGUCAUCUGCUAACUCGUACUUAAAAGGACCCUCUACACCUACACUUCCUGGGGGAGGAGGUUCUCCUCACUAUCAGAAUGGGUAUUCCAUCAAUCCAGCAUUGCCGUCUUUGAUGGCAAACCAACUUGGAACUGGUAACUUGCCUCCUUUGUUUGAGAAUGUUGCUGCAGCAUCCGCUAUGGCAGCCUCUGGCUUGGAUGCUAGAGCAUUAGGAGGUUUGCCUUCAGGUGGAAAUUUAACUGGGGCAGCAGAGUUGCAGAAUCUAAAUAGAAUAGGGAAUCACACAGCAGGGAGUGCUCUUCAGAUGCCCGUCUUGGAUCCUUUGUAUCUUCAGUAUUUGAAAACAGCUGAAUAUGCUGCAGCACAGGUUGCAGCUCUCAACGACCCUUCUUUAGACAGGAACUAUAUGGGGAAUUCUUAUGUUGAUUUGCUAGGACUCCAGAAAGCUUAUCUAGGGGCAUUACUUUCACCUCAGAAAUCACAGUAUGGUGUCCCUUUCCUUGGUAAAUCUGGUGGUCUAAGUCCCGGUUACUAUGGAAACCCUGCAUUUGGUCUUGGUAUGUCAUAUCCUGGAAGUCCACUUGCAAGUCCCCUUCUCCCAAAUUCUCCAGUUGGACCUGGUAGUCCUAUUAGGCACAAUGAGCGAAGUUUACGCUUUCCUCCUGGUAUGAGAAACUUGACGGGGGGUGUCAUGGGAUCCUGGCAUUCUGAAGCUGGUGGCAACAUGGAUGAAAGCUUUGCAUCCUCCCUACUGGAAGAAUUUAAGAGCAACAAAACCAAAUGUUUUGAACUUUCAGAAAUUGCAGGUCAUGUUGUUGAAUUCAGUGCUGAUCAGUAUGGAAGCCGGUUCAUUCAACAGAAACUUGAAACGGCCACAAUAGAGGAGAAAAAUAUGGUUUUUCAGGAAAUCAUUCCUCAAGCUCUUUCAUUGAUGACGGAUGUGUUUGGUAAUUAUGUGAUUCAGAAGUUUUUUGAGCAUGGAACUGCAUCUCAGAGAAGAGAACUAGCGAACCAGUUGACUGGGCAUGUUUUGACACUUAGCCUUCAAAUGUAUGGCUGUCGGGUGAUCCAGAAGGCAAUAGAAGUUGUUGAUUUGGACCAACAGACUAAGAUGGUUGCAGAGCUUGAUGGUCAUGUCAUGCGUUGUGUCCGGGACCAGAAUGGAAACCAUGUUAUACAGAAAUGCAUUGAAUGCAUACCUCAAGAUGCUAUUCAGUUUAUUGUCUCAUCAUUCUAUGACCAAGUUGUGACACUGUCCACUCAUCCAUAUGGCUGUCGUGUCAUACAGAGAGUACUGGAACACUGUGAUGACCCAACAACCCAGCGUAUCAUGAUGGAUGAGAUUUUACAAUCUGUUUGUAUGUUGGCACAAGACCAAUAUGGGAAUUAUGUUGUUCAGCAUGUAUUGGAGCAUGGAAAACCCCAUGAGCGUUCUGCUAUAAUCAAGAAAUUAGCUGGACAAAUUGUUCAAAUGAGCCAGCAGAAAUUUGCCUCCAAUGUUGUGGAGAAGUGCUUGACGUUUGGUGGUCCUACAGAACGCCAGAUUUUAGUAAAUGAGAUGCUUGGUACAACUGACGAGAAUGAACCUUUGCAGGCAAUGAUGAAGGAUCAGUUUGCAAACUAUGUUGUACAGAAAGUGUUGGAGACUUGUGAUGACCAGCAACGUGAGCUAAUACUUUCACGAAUAAAGGUUCACUUGAAUGCUCUGAAGAAGUACACUUAUGGGAAGCAUAUAGUUGCCCGUGUAGAAAAGCUUGUUGCUGCUGGGGAGAGGAGAAUCAAUAUUCAGACUCCACACCCCGCUUAGAUGGCAUCGGAAAGAAAGAAGUUGUACAGCUAACUUGAGGCUGGAGAUGCUCUCCCUCACUCUCUUCUUGUCUAGCCAUCGCUCUUAUCCAUUGGACAGGUAUGAGUCGAUUGGAAAUAAAUUGUUGCUUGUAGUCAAGAAAAACAAAAAAUAUUGUACAUUGUGUAGUUUGAUAUAUACCUAGGAUCAGGCCAAGCUGUGACAUCAGAUGAAACACCUGAUGCCCCUGCGGAGGAGAUAAAUUGACUGUACAAGUUUUUAAGGGUGUAAAAAGUAAAGAAGAAAAGGAGGUAGUGAAUAUGUCAACGUGACUGUACAAAUAUUGCCGUGUGGAGAGCCUUUGGUGUUCAGGUGAGGUUAGGAAAUUUCUUUUUAACUCAUGGGAUUUUAUUAUUUGCCUUGUUAAAGCACAAUUUUCUGUUUCGGCCAAGUCCCAUAUUUGAGGACAUGUUCUAGCUUCGUUAAUUCUAUAUUUCAUUUUAUGUAUUUGUACGUAUGGCCGUCGUUUCCCUUUUUAUGCUGCUCUUGCACCCUAUUGGUUUA